AUUCAUUCCGGUAUUUGCAUAAUCUGCGUCCUUAUUUAUAGCAAACAGUUCGCCUGUAUGCGUCGGUGAACGUGAAUUCAUUAGUGCGCAGUGCUUAGAAGAGACAAGUAAUACAUACAAGGAAGACAGAAACGAACAAACUGAUAUUUAACAGAAAUCAUAACAUAAAAGGAUUGAUUCAAUUGAAAGAAUCUUAGAUACCAAGAAUGUCCGAACAGCAAAUGAAUCAUUUAACUGUUGAGAAAAAAACUCGUUUGAAAUCUCCCGACAGAGGAAUGCCGUUUAAAAAAAUGGCAAAGAUCUUAACAAAACGUCUUCACAAAGCUAAAGAACAUGAGGUUCAUCAAGAUCUUGUUGAUCAACCCUGGUUCCACGGUCGUUUGACAUCGGAAUACGCCGUAAAGAUACUCGGAGAUCAAGGAAAAUUUCUUGUGCGUGAAGAUCCAGCUAGUCCUGGACACUAUUUUAUGUCCAUUAAUGAUAAUGGUUCAGUAAAAAAUUUUCCAGUGCAAAGGACAACGACCAAAAACAUGAAAUACAAAUACAGACUUGGGAAAAGUGAAAGUUUCGAAUCCUUGGUGGAUUUGAUUGAACAUCUUUACGUGAGUAAGUUUUUAAUUACUGACAGCGGGAAAAUACGUCUUUCAGCUGCAGUGAAUCGUGAUACAGGACUGCUCGUAGCACCUGAACAGGACGCGAGAAUUCAAGUUACGAGUGCACCUCCAACUAGAGCAGGUACGCCACCUUUAAUGAAACGAAACAAUAGCGAUCCAAACUUGACGACGUUACAGGUAAAUGAUAUGACUCCAAGAACUCGUCUCCAGUCUCGCUCCUCUCCUCCUAGUCUUUACGUCGACGAGUUUAACUUGAAUGAGAGCGAGAGUUUAUACGAUGAAAUAAACUUACCUCCAAAACAGUCGACGCUCUUGAAGAAGAAACAAACGAUUUUAAGCGAUGUUUUGGGAAAGUUUCGUAAUACUUUAUAUAAAGUGUUUGUAAAAAACGACUGCCUUACGCUGGCCAAAUACUUGACACAGAGAGAUCUUGAGAUAGUCUGGGGCGAGGAUCUUGACAAAAAGAACAAAGAGAAUGGUCUGUCUUCAAUAAAUGCAUUGGAAUUGAUAUUAUUUCCUGAUGGUAGCGAACUUAGACAGGCCAUAUUAAAAAGACAAAGAAUUAUUUCAACUUGGGUUAGUUGUAUGGUGAUAGCAGGAGGUGAAACUGAUGGUAGAGUUGGUAUAUUAAAGAUAUUCAUAGGUAUUGCUCAUGCGUUGUUCAGUUCACUGGGAAAUCUGAAUAGUUUCAUGGCUGUAAUGGAUGGACUUGAAGCCACUCAGGUAAACCGUCUUAAAAAGACCUGGGGCCUUUUGGAAAACACUCACCCUAACCUCUCUAUUGUAUAUCACAACACAUUGAGAUCAGUUUAUGCUGUUUUGAAUUCCCAAGGCACUCACUCAUUUCCUGGAAAGAUCAAGCCCUGUUUACCAUAUAUUGCGCAUGUAGUGAAGUGUCUUGAAGUUGGUCCCAGUCCUCUUGUGGAAGCCGUAAAUGACGUGAAUGAGUUAGACGAACUUCAAGUAAUGUUAAAUCACUUGAGUAGCGCAAGAGAUGUUGCAACGGCUGCUCUCAGCUACCGUGGGCAGGCUGUAGAGUUCAUUAAGAACAUGAAAGGUGGCAAUAGGGAGCUUGAAAGUUAUGUUAGAGAUACAGUUGAUGUAUCAAGGGCUGUUGGACUAGGUUUUCGCGAAAGUGAGGUUGCUUUGAAGAUGGAAGGUCUUCUUACCCUAAUGUCUGAACACGUCGAGUCUUAAUAUAUAGACAGAAAUAUUAUAUAUUUUCAUAUCAACCAUUGGUAAAAAGAAAUAAAAAAUGUCUGUUAAGCUUAUGCUUCAUAAUGACAGGAAAAGGAGUCUUCGAAAUCGAUAUCAAAUUCUUUGAAAUGUAAUCUUGUUAGCUUACCCCUAUAUAUCAACCACUCCUGCUGUCUUUAACCAUUUAUGGCAAAUAUUUAAGGUGUUUAUUCAAUAGCAUGUAAGACGGAAACAAAAGAAAAUGCCAUUAAUUAUAUAUUUUACUGUGACAUGUGAAAUUAAUUAAAGUUUACCAAUCAUCA